AUGGAUCCGUUGAAGAGUGAGAAUGUGGUACUCCCGCAUUCUCUCGGCCCGACAUUUAUCAACCCGACGCAAUCUCCAUCCCGCAAGCGACCUGAAGAGAGGCCGCCGAGGCCCGUGAUCGAGCCGAGAAAGUCACGUGGCUCCCUCCUGCGCCCCAAAUGUCGUGCUUGCGCGUGGGCCGCAAGCACUUAACGCUGCAGAAAAUGUCAGGCCCCCUUUUCGUAACUCCGAUGAUGAAAGUCGGCCACUUAGUGAUGAAAGUCGGCCACUUAGGCUGAUUGAUCCGUGGGCGAUGAACUUUCUCGAAGCCCGAUCAGGCCCCUAUAUAAACCCUCCCGCAUUCUUCACUGGAUCGAUCCUCCGAGGUUUUCCGACCUGGAGUCAGCCUUCUAAGGCUUUUGGGGGUGUUCAGUUGUUUAGACGUCUAUUUCCGUGUACGCGCAUUUUAUUCUUGUAUAAAUAAAUAUUAUACUUAUUAUCCCUGCGGGUUGAUUCUUUGUAUAGUUGUUUGUUUAUACUCGAAUAUAUCUUCGGUACUUUACUAGGUACCAAGAUCCACCAGGUUUUGACUUAUCAAAUUACUGAAGAUUAUCGCGGGAGCUUUGCGAGGAACGUCCAUCGUUCUGAUUUUGGUCAGUUUUUUCCUUUGCAACUAUGGAAUUCUUCAAGCGGACUGGGGUUAUUUCAACAAUGACAUCGCAUUCGGCCCAUUAGGAGGCCCCAUCUGCUAUCGCAACAAUACGGAGGAUGUGCAGAAAUGCAAAGAUGCGUUUCAAGUAAGUUCCACAUGUCUUCUUGGCGUGCAAACCCUAUCCAAAAAAAUGGAAAUUCUACCGCCGCGGACCUGAUCCAGUGGCAAAAAAUGUACCAUUUUGCAUCCGGAAAGUAUCAAAAUUGUAGCAAAAUACCUCCAUCUCGAAGUGGAAAACUCCGGUCUUUUUGUGAGUGGAAGGGCGCGCUCUUCAAAACGGGGUUUUUUCGUUAGAGAAGGAGGUAUUUUGCUUAUUUUUGAGAGUUCCCGGAUGCAAAAUGGCACGUUUUUUUGCCAUUGGAUCAGGUCCGCCAUGGCAGGAGUCUCACUCAAUAUUUAAAGAAAAUUUUGUUUAAAUUUUUGCCAGGUUUCUUCGAAAUUGCCAUAAAUAAUACUUUCAGGGCCGCUUCGAUGCUGAUGUUGGACAUGCGAUUCUGACGAUUUUGGCACUUGGCCCGGCCCUUGGUUUGAUCGCGUUAUGCGGUUUGAUUCAUAAUGUCUUUUCCGAAAUGUGGGAAACGGCGGCUUCUGGUACACUUCUCCUAAUUGGAACAUCAUUAUGUGUGUUGGGUCUUAUAAUGGCCAACCGACAAGUUGACUACAUGCGUAAGAAUUUUUUAUUUUUCAGUGCAAAACAUUUUUGGCUAUGAUAUUAAUUUUCAAUUCUUACUGUUUUCAGUCCACUUGAACAUUACGGACUUUAUUAACAAACCUUCAUACAACGAGGUCUCGGGCGCGUAUAUUUAUAUAUACGGCUGUUCUCUUUUGACGUCAAGUUUUAUUUCUGUCGUGGGCUUAUUUGUUGUAACCGUUUCAUAA